AGAUAGAGAGGACUUCUGUAGAGGAACAGUGGAGAUAGUGGACGGUGUGCAGCUUAGUAAAGUUUUGUGGGAUUACCGAGGACAUUUAAUUCUUGUGUGCAUUCAGAUACCUAAUAAACAACCAGGAUAUUUAAUAAAGAACAGUGUUAAACUGCUGAAAGAGGUGAAGCACAAGCCAUCCAGAAGAAUCUCCUGAAAACGCAGAAAUUGUUUGCUACAUUUCACAGACAGAUGGAGCCAAGUCCCAACAUGGAGAAACAUCAGCACUCUGUCAAGAGUUUUACUAAACAGAGUGAUCUCAAAAAACACCAGCGCAUUCACACAGGAGAGAAACCACAUCACUGCUCAGACUGUGGGAAGAGUUUUACUAAACAGAGUGAUCUCAAAAAACACCAGCGCAUUCACACAGGAGAGAAACCGUAUUACUGCUCAGACUGUGGGAAGAGUUUUACUGAACAGAGUACUCUCAAAAAACACCAGCGCAUUCACACAGGAGAGAAACCGUAUCACUGCUCAGACUGUGGGAAGAGUUUUAAUCAACAGAGUCAUCUCAAACUGCACCAGCGCAUUCACACAGGAGAGAAACCAUAUCACUGUUCAGACUGUGGGAAGAUUUUUACUACCCAGAGUGAUCUCAAACAACAUCAGCGCAUUCACACAGGAGAGAAACCGUAUCACUGCUCAGACUGUGGGAAGAGUUUUAAUCAACAGGGUAAUCUCAAAAAUCACCAGCGCAUUCACACAGGAGAGAAACCGUAUUACUGCUCAAACUGUGGGAAGAGUUUUACUAGACAGAGUGAUCUCAAAAUACACCAGCGCAUUCACACAGGAGAGAAACCGUAUCACUGCUCAGACUGUGGGAAGAGUUUUACUUUACAGAGUGAACUUAUAUUACAUCAGUGCAUUGAAAGAGGUAAAGCAGAAGCCUUCCUGAAGAAUCUCCAGAACACGCAGAAAUUGUUUGCUACAUUUAAAAGACAAAUGAAGCCAAGUCCCGACAUGGAGAAACAUCAGCACUCUGUCAAGAGUUUUACUAAACAGAGUGAUCUCAAAAAACACCAGCGCAUUCACACAGGAGAGAAACCGUAUCAAUGCUCAGACUGUGGGAAGAGUUUUAAUCAACAGAGUAAUCUCAAAAGUCACCAGCGCAUUCACACAGGAGAGAAACCGUUUCACUGCUCAGACUGUGGGAGGAGUUUUAAUCAACAGAGUACUCUCAAAAGUCACCAGCGCAUUCACACUGGAGUAAAACCAUAUCACUGCUCAGACUGUGGGAAGAGCUUUAAUCGACUGGAGACUGUCAAACAGCAUCAGCGCAUUCACACAGAAGAGAAACCAUAUCACUGCUCAGACUGUAGGAAGAGUUUUAUUACACAGAGUAAACUUAAAAUACAUCAGCGCAUUCACACAGGAGAGAAACCGUAUUACUGCUCAGACUGUGGGAAGAGCUUUAAUCGACUGGAGACUGUCAAACGGCAUCAGCGCAUUCACACAGGAGAGAAACCGCAUCACUGCUCAGACUGUGGGAAGAGUUUUACUGAACAGAGUGCUCUCAAAAUACACCAGCGCAUUCACACAGGAGAGAAACCGUAUUGCUGCUCAGACUGUGGAAAGAGUUUUAAUCUACAGAGUGCUCUCAAAAUACAUCAACGCAUUCACACAGGAGAGAAACCGCAUCACUGCUCAGACUGUGGCAAUUAAAAGCGCAAAUCAUAAAUUCCACCAGAAACAAAUAUGAACUGUAUUUAACAAUUGAUUUUACAGGUUCAGCAAAACUAUUCUUAUCCAGGGAUGAUGUGUAUAGAAUUCCAUGUUAUGUUUGUAUGUCUUGUAAGUUUGAAUAUUCCAGGACAUUCUUUGUGAGACAGAGCUCAGUUUUUAGGUUAGUUACUGUUGCGCAGUAAGGUUACAGGCUCAUUCACUCCCUCUGCUGGUGUUCUUGUUUGUCUAUGGUUCAGUCCAAUUAAAAAUCUGUUACUAUAGAGGGAUAUUUGGUUGUGUUGUAUUACUCAAGUUGUAUACUCUCUUAUCUUUUCCUUAUUGAAUAUUAAAUGUUGCUUAUGGUUUUUUUUAAUCUCCAAAGUUACUAAGAAUAUCCAAAUAAUGUUGUUUCUUAAUUGUUUUUAUCCAGUACAAACUAUUAUCUUUGUAUUACUUCACCUCUAUAUUUACCCAUGUGUGUUUUAAUUAACGGCUUUUAUAUUGCAGAUCUCCAGUCUCAUUGUGUUUUCU